AUGGUCUCCCAAAUUCGUCUAGUCCAACUUUUUAUUUUCCUAUACUUAAUAAAUCAAAUUUCAUCUAAGGUGGAGUUCACCAACAUUCAAUGCACCGCCGUCGAUCCAGAAUUUGUCAAUUUUGACUAUUGCUUUCUGAAGUCUGUUAAUCGCACAUACAAAUACCUUUCAUUAAAAGCGAAAUUGUUCAAAAUUCCCUUUACCAAAAUAAAGGUAAACGUUGAAAUAUUCCAGAAAUUAAAUGGCUAUAAGCCUUUUCUCUAUAACAUUACUGUAGAUGCAUGCAAAACAUAUCUUAGAAACCCGAAAUCGAAUCUAAUUUUUCAAUUUAUGCAUAAUUUGUUUCAAUCGUAUUCAAAUAUGAACCAUUCCUGUCCCUAUGAUCAUGAUAUUAUGUUGGAAAAACUUUCUGUAAGUUUCAUCGAUAUACAGUUAACAAAAGUUCUACCAGUUCCACGCGGUGACUUUAUGUUUCACUCUAACUGGAUCGCCUACAAUAAAAAUCGCGCUACUGUUAAUGUUUAUGCCUCAUUAAGUUGA